AUGCCAGGCGACCAGAAGUUACUAAGGGAGUUCAGUGGUAUCAACAAGAUAUAUGUUGUCAAGCGAGAUGGGAGACACGAGACAAUUCAUUGCGAGAAGAUUGCGAAGCGGAUUCGUGCGCUCUGCUUUGGUUUGAACGAGUCAUAUAUUGAUGUGGAGGCGGUGACAAAGCGCGUGGUUUCUGGUUUGUAUCCAGGUGUGACAACUGUUGAGCUGGAUAAUCUGGCUGCUGAAACUUGCGCAAGCAUGAUCACCAAGCAUCAUGAAUACGCCACUCUUGCUGCUCGGCUUGCUGUUUCAAACCUUCAUAAAGAGACAAAAUCUCGAUUUUCCGAUGUUGUGGAGGAUCUAUUUACUUACGUAAACCCUCGGACGAAGAAACAUUCACCUUUAGUAUCAGAAGAUUUGCGGAAUUUAGUGAAAUCUAAUGCUGAGCGGUUCGAUAAUGCUAUUGACUAUCAGCGAGAUUACACAUAUAACUACUUUGGAUUCAAGACCUUGGAGAGAUCAUAUCUCCUAAAGAUAAAUGGUAAAGUUCAUGAGCGUCCGCAACACAUGCUGAUGCGAGUGUCCAUUGGGAUACAUAUGUCUGACAUCGAUAGUGCUAUUGAGACGUAUAAUCUGAUGUCAGAAAAGUGGUUUACUCAUGCUUCGCCCACACUUUUUAACGCUGGAACACAGAAACCGCAACUUUCAAGUUGCUUCCUCAUUACAAUGAAGGAUGAUAGCAUUGAAGGUAUAUACGAUACCUUGAAAGAAUGUGCUAUUAUAUCUAAAAAUGCUGGAGGAAUUGGACUGAAUGUGCAUAACAUUCGCAGUCUUGGCACCUACAUAGCUGGCACAAAUGGCGAAUCUAAUGGCCUCAUUCCAAUGCUACGCGUUUUCAACAAUACUGCACGUUAUGUUGACCAAGGAGAACCUUGGCAUCCUGAUGUAUUUCAGUUCGUUGAAAUGCGUAAAAAUACAGGUGCCGAGGAGACUCGAGCUCGUGAUUUGUUUUUUGCUCUUUGGAUACCUGAUCUGUUUAUGCACCGCGUUGAAGCUGACGAGAAGUGGACAUUGAUGGAUCCUCAUGAAUGUCCAGGUUUACCUGAACUUUGGGGGGAAGAGUUUCAGGCGUUGUAUGAACGGUAUGAACAGGAAGGUCGUGGCAGACAAACGGUCAAAGCCCAAGAGUUAUGGUAUGCUAUUAUUGAAAGCCAAAUUGAAACAGGCAAUCCAUUCAUGCUAUAUAAAGAUGCAUGCAAUCGCAAAUCCAAUCACCAACACUUGGGCACAAUUCGCUGCAGCAACCUAUGUACAGAAAUCGUUGAAUAUUCCUCACCCGACGAAACGGCUGUCUGCAACUUGGCCUCCAUUUCUCUCGGAAAAUUUGUUGACUGCCAAAAUCGUACAUUUGAUUUCACCAAACUUCAGGAAGUCACAAGAGUUAUCACUCGGAAUUUGAAUAAAGUCAUUGAUGUUAACUUUUAUCCAGUUGAAGAGGCCCGCAGGUCAAACAUGCGUCACCGACCGAUUGGUAUUGGGUAUCCAUUUGACAGUCCUGAAGCAGCAGACCUGAAUAAACGGAUAUUCGAGACUAUAUACUAUGCAGCUCUGGAUGCCUCAUGCCAACUAGCAGCUGAACUAGGGAAGUAUGAGUCAUAUGAAGGUUCCCCAGUCAGUAAGGGUAUACUGCAGCCUGAUAUGUGGGGUGUAGAUACGGAGAAGUUGUCUAUAAUAUCUGGUUUAGACUGGAGUGGCUUGCGGGCUCGAAUCAAACAAUAUGGGUUGCGCAACAGUCUUUUAUUGGCCCCCAUGCCAACAGCAUCAACAUCUCAGAUUCUUGGCAACAAUGAAUCAACUGAACCCUUUACAAGCAACGUCUUUUCUCGUCGUGUCUUGAGUGGAGAAUUCCAGAUUGUAAAUCCUUAUCUUCUUGAGGAUCUUACUAAAUUAGGUUUGUGGUCAGACAGUCUCAAAGCAGCGAUUGUAUUAAACCAAGGAUCUAUACAACACAUUGAUGGGAUUCCUGAAGAGUUGAAGCCUUUGUACAAAACUGUGUGGGAGAUUUCCCAAAAAAAAAUCAUCGACAUGGCAGCAGACCGAGCUCCGUUUAUUGAUCAAAGUCAGUCACUCAACUUGCACCUAGCCCAACCAAACUAUGGGAAGAUAACGAGUAUGCAUUUCUAUGCUUGGCGAAAGGGUUUGAAAACGGGUAUGUACUAUCUUCGAACAAGACCUGCUGCUGAUCCAAUUAAGUUCAGUGUAGACAAAACAAUUUUACGGGUACUGAGUGAUUCUACCACAAAAACAAAUGUACCUCCAUCUACUGAUUCCAUUGAUCAAGCAGUUGAAGCUAUGGAGGAACUUCGAAUAAUUGAGGAGAUACAGAAGCGUAACGCUAUUGCUUGCAGUCUUAGUAAUCCUGAGGGGUGUUUAAGCUGCCAAGGAUAA